ACGCACCAUUGAAAUAUGUGCAGAGUGAAAGCUCUGCCACAAAAGACAACGAACUUACCCAGGAUUCUUCGCUUCACCGUGUGCUCGUCUACGGCGGUUAAGACCAUGGAGGAGAGGGAAAGAAAAGCUGGAAAGUCCGACAGUAAAGAAAAUGCACGUGCAACCUGCUCGACUGCGCCAUUAGUACCGGACCAUGAACCGGAGGCGGCCAGUAAAGCUGGGGAUGACGACGCAGAUAAAAUAGAUGUGUGCUCUGAUAACUUUGACCCCCUCUUGGCCUUGUACUCGCCGACCGUACAGCUUCCUGUUCCAAACGUCAAGACUUUCAACAAUGUGGCAGCGUACGAGAGCUUCCUGAAGGGCGGCCGGGGCAGAGCCAAACCGGAGAACGUGGAGAAAAGGCGGCUGAAGGCGAUGAGAGGGCAGGCGGACCCGGAGCGCAUCGAAAGGCUCAAGAGGCUUAUUGUGAACAAACGGCCAGAGGAUGGGGGGGCGAGCAGCGCAGCACCGCGGAGGAGGAGGCUAAAGCCCCAGAAAAAUGUCCUGACAAGGAUGCCCUUGUGUGAAGGCAGUCCGUUGGGGCAGUUGUACCACUGUGUUGAGGAGAGGAUACGGGUCAAAGUUCACAUCAGGACCUUCAAGGGACUGAGGGGAGUGUGUUCUGGCUUUGUCGUGGCCUUCGACAAGUUCUGGAACCUGGCAAUGGUAGAUGUGGAUGAGACAUACAGAGAGCCUCUGCUUGGAGAGGCAUUCCACCAUGAAAAGGCCCUCACAAUCUCACGGCUCUUUGAAAAGCUGAAGCUCCUGGAGAGCCCAGGAGGUGAUGAGCCUGCAAAGAAGAACGAACCGCAGGAAACAGCCAGCAAGCAUCAGCCUUCAAACCCCAAAAGUACUUCAAAAAACCUGCCUGCUCACCCUACUAGCAAGAGAAAGGACAGCAGUACCGAGUCCAGUCUGUCAGAAAAAAUCAAACAGGACAAAGACAAAGUCUCACUGAAGGCCCAGGGUCUGGAGGUCUGUCAGAAGAAAGACUCCCAGACCUAUGGCAAGGUCCACACACGCCACAUCAACCAGCUUUUCAUCCGGGGGGAGAAUGUUAUCCUGAUUAACCCACAGCCACUCUGACUAGCCUCUCUGUUGGAUAUGUAUCCUGGAUUAAAGAAAGGUGGGCUAUGACGAAAAUCUGUUUGAUUCUGAAAAGAUGUAGUAACAGGUGUGAAAUACUGUACAUGAGCUGCCAGAGAUGUGAUUGAAUUGUAUUCAGAGGAAUCAAAAACAACUAUUAUAUCAUAUUGAUAUGGAGGUGUUUUCCGCCCACCAGAGAGAUCAUCUUGAUUUUGAGGAAUAAAAGCUUCUCAGUUCUAAUUCUAGUGA